GAUGUGGCUGGAAUGACUUCAAAAAGAAAAAAGAAAUACAUUUUGUAUUAUGAUUUUUAUUAUUAUUAUCAAAUUAAUUUAUUAUUCAAAUGAAGGAAGUAAUAUGCUGAGUAUCUCAGCACUGACUUGGAUCUGGCAUUAAUUGUGUUCAACAAUAAAAUAAAUUUCAUGGAGGACAUAGUUUUACAGAAACAUCCUCAGGAUCUCUGAGUUUUCCAGACGUGAAGCCACAGUCUGGAAAGGUCUGACACGCUUGGUUCUCAUUGGGUAGUUCCCGCUUCUCAUAUUUACAUAGAAAAUGUCGUUAGCGUCUAAAUAUUUUUGCGUGUUGUUUUACUUUGAAGGGUCGCACCGGAAGCUGUGUUCCCACCUGACUCAGGUCUCCCUGUCUCAGAGAACAUCCUGAUGGGAAAGAUGAUGUCCGUGUCGCGGAUCACGUCCUGAAAAACUCCUCCGAUCAUUUCUGAUCCCUCGCUCACCUGAACAGGUAACAUCACGUGACAACGCAACUGUGCGUGCACCCAGACUCACGUGCGCGUGUCUGUCGGUGCUGAUGUUUGUGUACCUAUUGAUGAUGAUGAGGAGGGGGAUGAAGGUGAAACGACGUGUCCCGAUGAAGGAGACUCAUUAAUGUGAGCAUCGCUUCCUCGUCAUCUGGCGAUUGUUUUCCCGGUUUUCCAGGAUUUUCCAGGAUCUAACAGCAUAAUGUUGGCCAGGAAGGGCCUCCUCCCGGAUGGGUUCCUGCUGACCCGGCUGGCCGAGGACCAGAACCAGCCCAAUCGCAGCCACUUCAGGUCCCAAAGAGCUCGCUUCAUCACCAAAACUGGAUCCUGCAACGUGGCUCACAAGAACAUCAGGGAGCAGGGUCGUUUCCUGCAGGACGUCUUCACCACCAUGGUGGACCUAAAGUGGCAGCACUCCCUUCUAAUCUUCACCUCUGCCUUCCUCUGCUCCUGGAUGCUCUUCGCUAUGAUCUGGUGGCUCCUGGCCUUCGCUCAUGGAGAUCUGGAGCCCCGUGACCCGGACAACGACCCAGGUCCAGUGCCCUGCGUCACUGCCAUCCAGUCCUUCACCUCAGCCUUCCUCUUCUCCAUUGAAGUCCAGGUGACCAUCGGGUUCGGUGGCAGGAUGGUGACAGAGGAGUGUCCCGUGGCCAUCAUCGUACUGAUCAUCCAGAAUAUUUUGGGCCUGAUCAUCAACGCUGUGAUGCUCGGCUGCGUCUUCAUGAAGACAGCGCAGGCCAACCGGAGAGCGGAGACGCUCAUCUUCUCCAGGAACGCUGUCAUCGCCACCCGAAAUGGCCGGCCCACCUUCAUGUUUAGAGUUGGGGACCUGAGGAAGAGUAUGAUUAUCUCAGCCACUGUGCAGCUGCAGGUGAUCCGACGCACUGUGACGGCUGAGGGGGAGGUGGUCCCGGUGUGCCAGCUGGACAUCCAGGUUGAGAACCCUCUGAGGAGUAAUGGCAUCUUCCUGGUUUCUCCUCUGAUCAUCAGCCACACCAUUGAGCGAGGGAGUCCUCUGUACGACCUGUCCGCUCAGUCUCUGCCCACUGAGGACCUGGAGAUCAUCGUCAUCCUGGAAGGUGUGGUGGAGACAACAGGCAUCACCAUGCAGGCUCGCACCUCCUACACCCCCGAGGAGAUCCUGUGGGGGAGGCGCUUCGUCUCCAUCAUCACUGAGGAGGACGGUCGCUACUGCGUGGACUACUGUAAGUUUGGAAACACGGUCCCGGUCCGGAUGUCGUCGCUUAGUGCCAAGGAGCUGGAUCAGACCCAGGGAGUCCAGGAGGGGACUUCUGAGAGCCAGCUGCAAGGGUGGGGGCUGGUCCGAGCCGGCAGGGGGGGCUUUCGCAGAGGGGGGCGUGCCUGCUGCGGCUCCGCCCCCCAGCCCUGGUACGCCCAAUCAGAGAAGCAGCAGAAGGAUGCAGAGCAGAAGGGGCAGAAGAAGAAGGUGCAGCUGGAGGUGAUUGGACGACAGGUGGAGGAGGAUGGACUCGGUGAUGUGAGCGACUGAGCAAACAGAACUGAUUCCAGAUUCAGUGUGUUCAUAUUCAUUAGUGUGGGGCUGAGGCAGGAAGGUGAUGGGACGAUGAAUGUGUCUUUAAGUUUAGAAUCGUUCCAGCUAUCAGAGUUCACAGUUCAAACAUCCUAUGAGGCACACACACGGACCACAAAGACGUAAAAAUAAGACAGAGAGGCUCUACACAGGAGAAUAAAGACACACCGAGAGCUUCAGUCUAACUGAAUCACAUGAAACAAGCUGAGAAGGUCCAAACAGAUGAAACCACAUUUGAUCUGUGAAUCUUCUUCUCACUGAUAAUCAGAACAGACUCAAUCCUGUCUCUGAUGAUUUUUCUCUUUAAAUGUUUUAUUGUUGACUUGUCAUGUGAUGUGUUUUUUCCUUUUUCCGUAAAUUAUUGAUGACUUUCACAUAUCCAGAUUAUUUACCAAUUAUCCCAGAAUAUAUAUAAAACACUUAGAGGACAGCUCAGGAUAUUUUAUCUCAGUAGAUUAAAAAUAAUUUUCAUUGCUCUGGUUAUUUAUAAUGUUAAAAUAAAUCCGUUUUGUAUUU